AUGCCGCUGCGGCUGCGUCUCACCGUCUCACCGCUCCCGAUGGGAAGCCCGGCUUUGCAAGCGAAAGCUCGAAGCACUUCGGUUUCGGGCACUUCGGCCUCUGAGGACCAGGAGUUGACGAUGCUAGCCGGGCAUCUCCGGCAGGCUCUGGAUCUGGGCAUCGGGCCUUCACCUCCAAUGGCCGAGAGCAUGUACGCCAGCAAGGGGCUUCCACUUCCCUCGCAGCCAGGCCUGCGGCGUCCAAACGUGGACUCCUUGGCUGCGGAGGCCUUGGACCAGGUCGAGGCCGCCGAGGCUUUGGGCGAUUCUGAUCCGCCUGUCGCUCAAUCGGGGAAGAGCAGCGGUUCUGGAUAUGCGGAUGUUGAGAAAGCAAACAUGCGGACUGCGAUGCUCAGUUUGAGCGCAGACAUCUGUGCCGGUGGUUUGGCUCCAGAGUGCAAGGCCGGAUGGAUGCGCUCGGCAAUGCUACCGUUGGCACCGAGUCCAGGAGCACCUGAGCCUCUGGCCGCUCCGGCCGCUCAGCCGACCUGUGGCACCCAGGACAGUACAACCAUGACGAGACCUCUCAUCGAAAGCCUGGACAAAGAAGAUGUGGAGCAUUUGAGAAGGCUUCGCCAAUUCUCGGACUCAGACCUACGCCAACUUUGCGCAGGUGAAGUGGCAGGGAAAACAGCAAGAGAGCGUGCCUUCAUCAGAUCGGCAAUGCUGCCCCUGUCCACGACGGGCCAUGGCAAUGGCGAGGUGGAGGGCUGUUUUCCCGUUUUCGUGCACAUCUAUGAUGUGACACAAGAAGUUGGUAUACGGCGUCUGAACAAGGUCUUGGCGAACAAGCGUUUGCCCGUGAAGUUUGGAGGCGUAUUCCACGCAGGUGUGGAGGUGUACUUCCUCGGAGCCGGCGGCCUUCCCGACGUGCCCGACAUGCAAGGGAUGAACUUUCGGGAAGUACAGAGAUGGCUCUGUUCAGAGAGGGCACCGGCCCGGAAGCAUUUUGAGGAUGGCAUCGCCUCCAAGCCACCUAUGGGCUACAAUUCCUGGAAUGACUUGGAGUGCCGGCCAUCGGAGGCGAAGCUUAAGGACAAGAUCGAGCACGUGGGCCUGCUGGCGCUGGGAUACGAGUACAUCGUUGUCGACGACUGUCCUUUUGGUUGCACUGCAGAGCCGGAUGUUGAGUCGCCAAACUCUCCAGCCUUUCCACUGAGCCGAUAUGAAGUACCUCCACCAGUGCACGUGCCAAAUCACAUCCCGCGCCCUUCCUACGCCGAUCACCCGCGAGGGAUCCCACGAGCCUUGAAGCCGGAAGAAUACGCCGAACGAAAAUCACCUGCCAUGAUUAGCAAGAUGCGAAGUGCUUGUGGUCUUGCAGCAGAAGCCUUGGUUGUGGCCUGCGAUGCCGCAAAGGAGGGGGUGACAACCGACGAGGUUGACCGCAAGACCAGCGAGUUCAUCGUCUCCCGCGGUGGUUAUCCGGUGGGAAUCAACUACUAUGGAUUCCCCCGCGGCCUUUGCGCUUCGCCAAAUGAGGUGGCCCUGCAUGGAGUGCCGAAUACCCGGCCGUUGGAAAAUGGGGAUAUCGUCAACUUUGACGUCACCGUCUUCCUGGAUGGAGCUUAUGGCGACUGCUCCGCCAUGGCCUGCAUUGGUGAAUUGGAACAUAAUGCAUACUGCUUGGUAAGAGAUACAAGGAUGUGCCUGGAGGAAGUCAUCAAGAAGGUAGGGCCCGGAAUCAAGUUGAAUCAGAUUGGGCAUUGGUGUCAGAGCCUUGGCAAAAGCAAAGGCCUCAACACAGUGCGAGAAUUCUGCGGCCAUUUCAUUGGGAGCGAGCUACACAUGCAGCCGAAUGUCAGCCAUGUGCAGAAUUCUCUUGAUCUGGAGCUUCUACCAGGCAUGACCUUCACCAUUGAGCCCAUCUACAUUGAGGGUCGUGAUGCCACGAUCCGACCAGCAUUGGAGGAUGGCUGGACCAUCCUGACAAAGAGAGGCGACUGGGCGGCCCAAUGGGAGCACACAAUUCUCAUCACCGAUCACGGUGCGGAGAUUCUCACACAAGCGCUGUAG